AUGACCUCAAAACUUACAGUUUUUUUAUUAAUUAAUUUAAGAUUCUGGGAAUUUUGUUCCUCCGUAUUGGUCAUGUCAUUAUUAGCUGCUGCUAUGUCAGAAUCCCAUUUCCACGGUUCAAAAAGAUUUAAUUUCAGUUUAGCCCAAGGUGCUAUUGGCACUUGUUAUUCUCUUUUCGUUAUAUUAUUACCACCUAUUGUACCUGGUCUAGUUUUUGCUGGUUUCUAUUUUUGCUGGGAGGUUAUUAUGAAUCUAUUAUGGUUAUGUUGCUUUAUUGUUGUAGCUAAAGUAGUUGGUGAACACAGUUGUCAUAAUAAAUUUACAAAAACUUAUAAUCCAAAGUAUGGAUCUCAAACAAGAUACCAAGAAACUGGUGGUGAAUAUAAUCCAUUUACUAAUAAAUAUACAACAAAGAGAUAUCAUGUUCCUUGCAAUUGUGCCAAAGCUGCAAUUGCAUUUGCUGGUCUUUCGUGGUUAUUAAGUUGUUUCUCUUGUAUUGUUUUAUGGUACAAAGUCUGUAGACCAAUUAAAGCUUCUCACGGUAGAAGUGGUUUAUGGAAAACUGGAAAUUCUAUGGGUGUUAGACUACAUAGAUUUACCACAAUGACUUUGGCCGAUGAUGCUGAUAAUCAAUUAAUGAUGCAAGAAGCCGAACCUCCAGUUGAAGAUUAUGCUCCACCAACAAAGAAAUCCAAAAAAUCCAAGAAGGCUGUUCAACCAGAACCUCAACCAAGAGAUUCAGGCGUUUCUGAAACCGAUAUUGAAAGUGGUGAUGAAAUGAAAGAGGAUAAAUUGCACCAACCAGAGACAAAUUCAAGUGGGUCGACUGAUGGUGAUGCUGUCGUAUAG